AUGUCUCCCCGACUCGGUACCUUCCUGUUGAAGGCCCUCGUUCUGUUGGGAUAUGCUCAUGCUUGGGGAGAGGAUGGUCACUCCAUCGUAGCGGCAAUUGCUCAGCGGAUAGUAUCUGAUAGAGUCAUUGAGGGGGUGAACGAAACACUUGGUAGAGGACAGGAUAUGAUAGGCGUCGCCUGUUGGGCUGACAAGGCCUCUCAUAGUGCUCAGUAUCGAUGGACAGCUCCCCUUCACUUCGUCGAUACUCCUACCAAGCAGUGCCAGAUGGUCUAUGAACGUGACUGCCGUGGUGACUUCUGUGUUAUUGGGGCCAUUUAUAAUUACACUAAUAGAGCUAUUUCGAAAAGCGUCUCUCGGGCGGAACGCGAGUUCGCCAUGAAAUUGGUGAUACAUUUUCUCGGGGACAUCCAUCAGCCCUUGCAUGUGGGUUUCGGGGGUGAUCGCGGGCGGAAGGAUUCCGAGUUGAUAGUGAUGAGGAUCUUUUUCACAAUUAGAGACGAGUUCGAGCUACGCGUUCAACGUCGUAGAGAGCACAGGAAGAUACCGCCGCAUCCUCCGUAUAGACAUAAAUUCGAGGAGAGAUGGCAUGAGCUCUUCGAGCACCUGUGGACAAAGCUGUCCAAGGGUGGGGAGUAUGCCAAGCACCGUGAGGAGUGGCUGGCACCAUGUCGACAGAAUGGUCUUCAAGAAUGCACCAAGACGAUGGCUGAAGAGAGUCUAGCAGUGGCCUGCACUGCAGCGUGGGUGUCCAUUACCCACCUCGUGUUUCAGUGGAGACGAUAG